AUGCCUGUCAACUUAAUUCUUCCCUCCUCUUUUCAGGCCAAAUCUACUGUGGAAGGGGCGAGAGACCUCCAGCCAUGGAAGAAAGAAGAGGAUCUGAGGGAGAUGCCAGGUAAUGCUGAAUGGAUUGCUGUAAUGGUGGCUGUAAGGAAAAAUGACAUACUGAUUGACUACCUCAUUGUUUUAUUUGACUGCAUAUGACCAUCAUGCUUUUGUUGUCUCUUCAGGCACUGACAGUGGCCAGAGAAUACCGGGCCCGGACUCACAGAUCUCUCCAGACACAGACCAAGCAGAGCUCACUGAGCAGCUCAGAACCAAACACAGCAUAGUGAAUGUCAACAGAUCAAACACUGUUUUCAAGUCAGACCUGGAGCCUGAGAGGCUGAGCCAGGCGCUCCAACUCACGGUUCCAGGACCUGUUGCUAAACAGAAGUGCAGCCUGAACCCCGAGAGAACAACCGAUCUGCCUGGAACCUCCCGUAAGCAAAGAGGCAGUGAUACAGCGACUGAGCGGCCAUCUUGUUCUAGUUAUGCUGCCGAGACAGUCUCAGGAAGCCCCUCGCCUCUCACAAAGAUGAACCCCAUUCCCCCACUUCCUCAGAUGGUGAGGGGUGAACACGAGAAUUCCCAGGGCGUUUCAGAGGUCAAAUCUGAGGUCAUAGUUAUCGACCCCCUUCCUGUUGACGAGGGGGAGGGUGGGGAUGACACGCCCUCUUCCUGGGGACAAGGUGACAUCAUGGAACCCAGGCAUCAUCAAGGAGGACAUAGUGAAGCAGAUGCCAUGCUUCUUGGAGGACAUUCGAGUAACACUCAUCAUCAUCCUCACCCAGGUGUCCAGGCAGCAGCGAGACAGAACUCACAUGAGAAUCUGUUCUACACCAUUGGCAUGGACGGCGCUUUCGACAACCGCCUUGGCACCUUUCAGAACCCCGCAACCACCGCCACUGCUCCAUUCGCCACGGGAACCGGAGAGCUGCAGUACCCCUCCUGGGUGGAUUUCCCUGGGAGCGCCCCCGACACCCACCUGGGCGACAUGACUGGGACUCAUCAGGACAGAGGAGUGGGGGAGGAGGGGGCGAGGUCCUACAGGUGCACCUUCUGCGGGAGGGAGUACCCUCAUCAGUGCCAGCUCAAGAUGCACCAGAGGGUCCACACAGGGGAGAAACCGUAUGAGUGCGCCCAGUGUGGGAAGCAGUUCAGCCAGCUGGGCAGCCUGAAGCGGCACCAGAGAGUACACACAGGGGAGAAACCUUUCAGAUGCGCUCAAUGCGGAAAACAGUUCUCUCGUUCCAGCAACCUAAAAGUGCAUCAGAGCGUCCAUACGGGUGAGAAACUGUUCCACUGCACCCAGUGUGGAAAGAACUUCUCCUUUCUGAGCAAUCUAAUAAGACACCAGGCAGUUCAUGCACGUAAAUUAUAG